UAUCCUUACUCGAAUUCAGAAUGUUGCAGGAUCAAAGAGUUUUUCCCGCCGAUCGCGGGAAGAAUUUUGCGAGGUCACGUGAUCAAGACAUUGUAUGUGCCACAAGAAGAUAACUGCGAAAUCCAUUGCUACUUAGACAAACUCUGUCAGUCAAUAAAUAUCAGUCCACAGCUUGACAAUGGUAAAUGGAUGUGUGAAUUGAACGACGUUGCAGUGGGCCCAGAAAGCUUAAUAGAAGCAGAGAAACAUAAGUACUAUGGCACCAAGGUGACUAAUUUGUCAGAAAUAAACGUCACUUGCAACAAAUUUGAGAACGUAUACUAAUUUUUAUGUGCCUUUUCUUCGGCGACAGAAUCCAUGCAGCAGUUAUCCAUGUGUAAAGAACGCAACCUGCAGACCAAACUUUCAAGUUGAUAACAGUUUUCAGUGCAUUUGUCCAAAAGGAUAUACUGGAGAGAUGUGCGAUAAAGGUACUUGUGCAUUAUUGUACUUAAUUGAAAUGAGAUAGGAAACUUCAUCAUUAAUGUAGGGCGUUACCUUGCUAAAGGAUAUCCUUAAGAAAAAGUAUAAUUAGUCAUGAUUAGUUAACCUAACCUCUCCGAGAUAAAAUCGCCAAACAGAAGGAGGAAGAAUUUUGAUCAUCACGACAUGCAAAGCGUGGAACAGUUUACCAUUGUCUAUAAGACGAAGAGACUCGCUUAAUUCUUUCAAAUAAGCAUUGUGGAGUGAAUUUUUUACUCAACAGCAGUCUCUUGGCCAUUUUCUUAUUUAAGUUUGUUCGAUAAGUUCAGACUAGAUUAUACAGCUAUAUCUUAUUUUAUAUAGCUUAGUAUUAUCUAAUUAAUUGUUUAUCUCGUGAAGAGGGCCACAACUUUAUUUGCUCUGGCUAUUUAGUGUCAACCUUCCUUGAGUAAAGUCUUUAUCUUAUCUUAUCUUAUCUUAUCUUAUCUUAUCUUAUCUUACAAUAAAUUUGAAGUGAAACUAUCUCAUUAGGCUUGGUAGAAAGUAGGCAAAGCUUGGCGAGAGUGACCUAUAUCCAGGCCAGCCGACCCAAGGCCUUCUCGGGUUUGGUCAAACGGAGGCCCUGCUGUCAGCUGCGGUGACCCCUUCUCAAACCACUCAGGGGCAGCGGAGGAAGAGAGGACACUUACAAAAUAAGUUCCUAUAUUUCCAAUUCGUAUCUGAAAAUAAUGCUAAUUUGCAAUAGGAAAUCCAAAUUAGUAGGCGGGAAGAUAAAUUCUAUCUAUUUAUGAAAUCCACAUUGAGUCUUCAGUCGCCUGAGGUCCAGGUAAGUACACAGGAAGCCCAGCGAUCUCCAGGUUUUAAAAUUUGUCACUACCACUAGACUACAAAUGUGCAGUAAGUAUAAUCUACUUUUUAUUCAGUAUGGAAGACAAAUUUUAUCGAUUUAGUUCGACAAUAACAUGUUAAUCUUUUUCAUCUUUACGGGUACUGAAAAACACAAUCUUUUCAGGCUGUGCUAUACUGUCAUGUCAUUUAAGGUCAGGCAAAGUUAAUCCCUUUUCCUCACUUUUGUUUGUAAGAUGUCGAUGAAUGCGCCACUGGUGCUCACAACUGCUCGCAUGACGCAUCCUGUAUUAAUACUGAUGGCUCUUUUGUCUGUUUCUCUGAGUUUGGAUGUAAAGUUGAUGGUGCUACCCAACUUAUUAGUGAGUUGAUACAAACGAUUUCUGUGACCAGCUUGAUAUGUUACAGGUAUUUGUGAAUUUCUGAAGAACUAACAGGAAAGAAAAAGCUCUAAAGAAAAUGACAACUUUUCUUAAUGUAAAGAUGUCUGUAGAAGACCACAUCAAGUAGAUUAGACAAACCUACAUCGCUAAUUCUACAAGUCAAAUUAUAUUAUUAUCAGUUCUUGGUAUGAUAUCACGGAAGAAGAACAUUAAGCAACUCACAGAUGAUUACUUCUACUGUUCUAUUUACAGAAUUUAAAGGCUACAAUCAUUCUUGUGCAGCGAAUUCAUGUGCAGACGUCUUGAUCAAUACACCGUAAGGCAACCCUUCUUUCCACUCAAAUUUCAGCUGUACUGAGUUAAAAAUAGUCCAAUCGUAUAUGGAUAUUAUGAGACAGGUGGAAAGUUUGGAGAGCGGGAAGGGUAUAAAUCUAAAGUGCGCGGAUUGGUUCAGAAACAAUAAACAAACAAAGUUAACAAUGAAACCUACCCCGAAAACAGAAAGAGCUGCAACCCAUAGGGGUCUAAUUAAAUUAGAGGUUCUGAGGGGUUGCGAGGGCCGAACUCUAACCUGAUCGGUGUGUUGCAAACUAAUGGGGUAUUUCGGAAUUUCUUUCAGAACUAGGCACACCUUGUUUUUUCUUCGCACUGAAAAAGGUAAACUCAUUGUACACUUUUUCCGUUUCAGUGGAUCUAAAAGUGGAGCAUACUACCUUAAAACCAAGGAGCCACAGGCAGCAUUAACAUACUGCCACAUGGUAGAAAUUUCCGGAUGCGGAGGUGGCGGAUGGACUUUAGUCAUGAAAAUCGAUGGAGCAAAGGUAGAAAAAGUUUAUAAAACGGUGUCAAAAAUAUUGAGGCUUUCUAAUCUGUCCGUCGAAGAUUCAAGAUAGCACUGAUAGCCAAGAGGCACUGACUCAUUGUUAAUAUACUAUUCCUCGAUACAAUCUAAGGUCUUCUGAUGACAAACUGUUACUUCAGCAUCCCAAAAUAAGAACUCUCGCUACUCUUGGUGACUGUUUACUUACCGCCUCGUCACCUAAGAUAUGGAACGACCGGUGGUUAUCCGCCAAGCCAUUAAUGUUGCCGCUUUUAAACAACUCCUGAAACCCCAUCUAUUUAGGAAAGCGUAUUGCUGCUAGUAGUUUAUUCCCAUUUUAUUGCUUAGAGGAAUCUGAUACCCAGUUCUUAGUUUCCUUAUUUUUUCUGUAAACUAUUAUUUGCAAAUUCAUGCACAUGUAAUAUUCAUCUUUUUAUUUAUAUAUGUAUAUUUCAUAUAUAAAACACUACGUUUUAUGGUGAUCAUUCUAAUCAUCGUUAGUGGAGGAGACUGGUUAGGAAAGCCGGCAAACAUCAAAGUUGAAAACAACGGCGCCGUAAGUCAUGUUGGAAGCUCCCUAACCGUGCACAAGCCCCGGCACAAAUUGUGACUGGUUAAAUUAAUGCGAUGUUUCUAUUGGUCAGUAAGUUUAAAAUGAUAGGAAUGUUAUUGAACGUUGUGCACGGUCAGGCCCAAAAAAGCCAACAAAAACAUAUAACAAAGGGUUUCCCAACCAUUCCACUUUAAUUAACUAUGCUUUGAUAUCUCUGCUUACUGGAAGUUUCAUUUUAUCAUUUUAUCUUUAUUUUCAAUUCUAUUUUAAUUAUUUUUCAAGACUACCUUUUCGUAUAAUGCGAGCUUAUGGGUCAACAAAAUAGCGCAUAAUCAAGAUUCUGGUAAAUAUGGGCUAGAUAACCAAGAGGCGAAGAUGCCAAGUUUCUGGAACAAUCCGUUCACCAAACUUUGUAUUGGAAUGCGAGUUUUAGGAGAGCAAAUAACUUGGAUACUUGUUAAUCAAGAAGCAGUUUCCCUCCACGCACUUCUGUCAAACAACAGCUACAUACCAACAAGAGUCGGAAGAGUUGCAUGGAAAUCACUUGUGCGUGGAUCCUCGCUUCAAAAGAACUGCAAUAUGGAGGGUUUUAACGUAGUUUCGCCUUCUGGAACAAGGGACCCUGCUAUCACCAGGAUUGGCAUCAUAAGCAACAAUGAACAGGAUUGCAGUUCGUGCAAUUCAAGGAUUGGAUUCGGUUCUGCAGGGAGCAGGGGAGAUCAAGAUGGAUCAAACUCCUGUGGAAAUGAGGCAGGAACAUACCUUGCUGACAAUGGAGAAAAGCACAUCAAAGCAACUUGUUACAUACUCGUUCAGUAA